UAUUGUAUUCGUAUAUAACAGCUGACUUAUCGCUCACAAGGUUAUACAAUCUGUAGUAAUAUCUGUACUUUAUUUAAAGAUUAUUUUACCAGGAAAUAAAUUCCGUAAUCAUUUUCUGAAAAUGGUACAAACAAAAUCAGUUUAUGUUUAAAAGACGGAGUCAGUUUUAUGCUAGUGCACGGAAUGACGGACGUUCUUGUUGGAAAUAAAGUAAACUUAAUUCUACUUUCGACUUAUUUAUGUGUUUUACUUAAGACGUUGGUGCCGUAUCGAUGAUAUUAACUUAGUGUAACAAUUCCUUUUAUAUUCCUGAGGCAAGUACCAACUUAACAGAAAUGGCGAGUACGUUUUGUCGACUGGUUGUAAUUCUUAUCGAUAUUUGUCCGGUUGUUUUGAGGAAGUAUUUGGAACAUUACGCAAUUUCAGAAGCAAAGGAUCAGUUUUGUGACCUGAAAACCUUUUUGGAUACAAAGAAAAAAGACCUAAAGAAAUUGAGUCGAAAAGAUUUUCAGCUAAUUUUUGAUUCCGAUUCGAAUGAAGAGAAAUGGGAUGUGUCUACUCUAUCUUCGAUGAUAGUUCUUCUUUUCCCCCUUGCGAAUUCAAAAAACGCCGUAAAAGAAAUGAAAGAAAUUAGAAAUGAUAUAUUUCAUUCCACAUCGAUUGAAACCGAUAUCUACGAAAAAAGGGUUGCUGAAUUGAAUAAUUCGAUUAACGCUAUUCUAAACGAGUUACGCGAUGUAGAAUUUGAAGAUGAAAUAAAGAAAAAGAUUGACAGUGCAGGCAAACGUGAGGAUUCAGAUCAGAUAGUCAGAAAGAUCCUGAAUAAAUUCAGUGCUCACGAAGACAUUUUAGGCAAAACACUGGAGGAAACAAAGCAAAUUCUUGAAGACGUUACCAGGACAGAAGUUGACAAGUCUGGUCGAACAAGAAAAAGACUGGUGACAGAUGACCAUAUGCUAGAAAAACUCAAAGGAAAUUUUGCCGAAACAAUGAAAAAGGAGCUAGACGAGUCGUUCAUACCAGACAAUGCAAAUGAUAUUAAGGAAGUUAAAGAUACUCUCGAGAAGAACAGAUUCGUUGUUUUAACCGGGGAUGAUAAAGGGUAUUGCCUUAAACUCGCAUUGGCUGCAAUCAAGGAGUUUGACGACUACGAUCAAGAUAACUGCGUUGAAAUCCAAAGUACAGAAUGUUGGACGGCGGUUAAAGGAGACAAGAUUAAAACUGUCCUUUGGAAGAAUCCAUUUGGUCAAUACAUAUUUUCCAAAGCUCGAACUGAGAACAUUCAAAACACUCUCGAGAGUUUGUACAGUAAAUCGUUCGAGGCUAAUAUCGGAAAACUCCGAGUCAUCAUUGUAACGGACAAAAGUCUUCUUGGUGAAGCAGUCAAGGUUCUGGGAGAAGAUUGUACACCUUUGAAAAAUGCUUUGGAGAAGUAUCGAAAAACUACCGAAGACAAACCAAUAUAUAUUGCUGAAGGUCAGCGACGUGAUGUUUUGUCAAACAAAACAUUAGCUCACCUACUUAGACAGUCCGAUUGCAUUCUUAAAAAUUUAUGCAGCUACAAAAUUGGUGGAGACUUUAUCACUAAGGCAAAGGGAACGUUAAAAGACAAAAAAACGCUUGCACUGGUUGGAUCCAAAGAUCACCUUAUAAUGUCAGUGAUUAAGGACAUAGCCAUCGACGGUGACUUUCAGCAACAUACAUUGAUACUAUCUCGUCCAGGAGAUAUAAAGCAUAUCGAUACAGAUUACGUCAAACUGGUGAUAUUACGUAUUUUGCCAAACACUUCCGAGUUUGAUAUGCUUACCUUUGACACGUUACAUGCAAUGGCAAAGGAGAACGCAAUACAAGUCGUGGUUACUUUUGAGAGCAGUACAUUUAAUAAAUUCCUGGAAAAGUUCAAUGGCGGGCAUCCUCUUCUAAAAUAUAGAAUGGUGGCAUGCGCUCGGGACGGAGUGAAAGAGGAAGAUGAUGUCAAGGACGGAAUAGUAGAUAUAGUACAAACAGAACAGUCUGGCAGCAGGGAGAAAACCAGUUAUAGAAGGUCCGGGUCGGUCGUCACGAUGUACAAUCCUGUCAAUUCUGACAGAAAAAUGUCUAAAAUAGAAACAAAGCCACCCCCAAUCAAACUAAAGUUUGAAAAGAAAAUGCAUUUAAAAGGAGAUAGACGCAGCUUCAUAUCUGGAAUAUGCUUUGUGGACGAUGAUAUGCUUGUGGCGGCAGAUGCUUUUGGAAAAUGUCUCCACAUGGUUUGCAUAAGCGAUGAUUCUCAAAGACCACAUCGCACUCUUACCGGCGAAGACGAUCCAUGGGACGUAACUGCUGUUAAUCGAGAUUCUCAAACCUUUGUCGCAGUUACCUUUCAUAAAGCAAAGUCGAUCAGAUUUUAUUCAGUACAAAACCAACCCGGAAGCAUUCGUCUGAAUAAAGAGGACAAUUCCCGUACCAUUAACACAGAGAGUAAGUGCAGGGGAAUUGCCAACCUACAAGACACAAAGCUCAUUGUAUGUUGCGAAGACCCUUGCUCCGUAAAGGUGUUUGACAUACAAAGCAGAGCAGUCUUACAGUCUUUCCAAAAUGAAAAUCUCAUACUACAUGAACCAAAGCACGUUGCGUUGAGUUCAAAUUUCGACAAUUUUGUGCACAUUAUAGACAAGGCGGAAACUUCCUCUGGCUGUAGAAUUAUUACAAUGACAUUUGACGGCAAAGUUUGGUCGGAAGUAAAACUCGCUGACGCACGAGGAAUUGCGAUUUAUACCGAAACAGGGACAAAAAACGCAUACCCUGUAGUUUGCUCCAGGGGAAAUGAGAAGUCAAAGAAAGCCGGAAUGUAUCAGAUUGACAUGAAUUCUGAUACUGCCACUGAAAUUAACAUUGUAGAUUCUCAAUCUGCAAUAGAUAAGCAUGCUUCCACUGAUAAGCUGAGCGAUCCUAACUGCGUUGCCUACCGUGCUGGGAAGUUUUACAUAGGAAUGAACCACCUGGCUGACAUCGCGGUGUUCGCAGUUCAUUAAGACGAAAUGUAAUGUGAGAAAAUUAUUCGGUCAAAACCCGCUUGACAGGGCGUUUGACAGACGCUCCGAUAUGAACAAUCUCAUCUGAUUUUUGAUUUCGAUUAAACUAUAGUGUGUGUUUUUGAGAUUAUGUUCUUGGACAUAUAAUCUGUACUUUUAUAUGUAUCAUUUGCAGCAGAUGAUGUUUUGCGACAUAUUGUUAUGCAAACGAAUGCGUUACGACCUUUGAGCCCAUCUUUUCAAUGAGGGUAUGACAAGAUAUUCAGUUAAAUAUAUGACCGGGUUACCAAUUCGUUUAAACAUUUUGAUUGGAAAAUCAAAUAAGAAAUGAAAAAAAACCUUAGUUCUGAAAUAAAUAGAAUAUAUUCAGAAAUAUUCAUUCGAAAAAUGUUUUUGAACUAAGACAUUUUGACAUUUAGAACGAACUGUGAUACUCAUCCAUUGUUGUGAUAUUUUUAAAAUCACAUGUACUCCAUUCGAAAUUAUUUAUGCACGACCAUGUAAAUACUGCAAUAACAGAGUGGUUAGUUUCUUUGUGUUAUAACACGUGAUGUCGUAGUUAUUUGUUUUUGCAUGUUUUAAUUAUGUACAUUGCUUUUUUCAUGUCUACAAUUACUAUUGUCUCAAACGAAGGAGUCUGAGGGGGACAAUCUAUAGAUGAACGAAAGAAACGAUUUAAUUUUAAUGCAUUAUUAAGUUUUAUUCAUUUGACUUUAAUGAUCAAAGCGAAAACAAAUCGUAUGAUUUCUGUACAAAUAUUAGCCAUUUUGACGCUUUUUUUAACUGGAGUAUUUGUGGCCAUGUAGAUAUUAAUAUAAAAAUGAUAAUCAAAAAGCCUCAUAUAUAUUAUUUAUAUUGUGAUAUUAAAAUAAUUAUUUAUUUAUAUCAAGAAAUUACUUGCGCUUUUGCUGUGUUUUAUCAAGAGUUGACAUAUUUUGGCGUGAAAACAGAUUGAAUGUGAUCUAUGCAUGUAUAAACACCUACUAUUAUGUACGAGUGCAACGUGUGGAAGGUUGUUGUACGUAUGUUUUAAUUAAAUUCAAAAGGUUUGAUAUAUUUUCUUUCAAAUGAUGUGACCCUAUUUGUACAUACAUAUGCAUUUUUUGUAUUCUUAUGAGCAGACAUAAAAUAUUUAUCAAA